AUGUUCUUCUGCUACUUCCUGCAGUUCCUCGACAAGGUCAUCGUCAACUACGCCAACAUCAUGGGCAUCGCCAAGAACCUCCACUUUGUCGGCAACGACUUCUCCUGGAUGGCCACGGCCUUCUUCAUCGGCUACGCCGUCGCCGAGUUCCCCCAGGGCUACCUGAUCCAAAAGUUCCCCGUGUCCAAGGUCCUCGGCUUCAACGUCCUGCUCUGGGGCAUCAUCGUGUGCUGCACGGCCGCGACGCAGAACUUUGCCGGCGCCGCCGCCGUGCGGACGCUCCUGGGCAUGUUCGAGGCCGUCAUCACGCCCGCCCUCAUCAUGAUCACGUCGCAGUGGUACAACAAGAAGCAGGCGACGCUGCGCACCGGCAUCUGGUACUGCGGCCUGGGCGCUGGACAGGUCCUGGGAGGACUCAUCUCCUGGGCGGCGCAGCACGGCUCGACCACCUCGUCCUUCCAGAGCUGGCGCAUCAUGUUUGUCGCCGUCGGCGUCUUCAACCUCUUCGUUGCCGUGGCCGUCAUCGUCGUCAUGCCCAGCGGCGUCCGUGAGGCAGGCUUCCUGACCGAAGACGAAAAGGCGCUCAUCGAGGAAGUCCUGGCCCGCGACCAGGCCGGCGCCGGCAAGAAGGUCUUCCGCGCAUCCGGCAUCCUGGACGCCCUCAAGGAUCUCCAGGUGUGGCUGCUGUUCCUCAACACUAUCCUCAUCGUCAUCCCCUCCGGCAUCAUCACCACCUUCUCGGCCACCAUCAUCAACUCCAUCUUCCUGACGCCCAAGAAGUCGGCGCUCCUCAACAUGCCGGCCGGCGCCAUUUCCAUCUUCGCCACCCUCGCUGGCACCUACGUCAUCUACUACAACCUGCCUCGCUGGCUGAGCAUCAUCGGUCUCCUGAUCCCGACCAUUAUCGGUGCAGCCCUCAUGUCCUUUGCCAAGUCCAACGCCGGCGCCCUGGCCGGUGUCUACCUCAUCAACUUUGACGUGGCCCCCCUGGCUCUCAUCUACGCUCUGGUCGGUGCCAACACGCAGGGAUACACCAAGAAGGUGACGGUCAAUGUGAUGAUCGCCAUUGCCUUUUCCAUCGCCAACAUCAUCGGCCCGCAGACGUUCCAGGAUAAGGACAAGCCCAAGUACCUGCCCGCCAAGAUCACCGUCCUAGGCGUUGCCGGCGCAUCCAUCAUUGUCACCAUCCUGUUGAGGGUCCUUUAUGGCAUGCGGAAUGCAAAGACGGCCGCGGCCCGUCAAGCGGAGCUGGAGGCCAUCCGGCGAGGCGAGAUUGACGCCAAGGCGGUCGACGACAGCCAGACAGACCUUACCAACCCGACCUUCCAAUAUGUUUACUAA